CUCCCGUCAGUUCAGCUGGUUUGCUUGUUUUCAUUUCAUGCAGCUGUGAUACAUGUUUGAUUAAAAGCCGCGUGUCCCCCAAACUGGAAAUUUAUUUCCGAAGGAUGAAGCAACAUUGUGGAAAUUCCGAAACGGACCAGCACCUGCGGCUGAUGCUGCUGCAGCUGGACAAGCGUCUGGUGGAGCUGGGCCAGGAGAUGGGCUUCCAGGAGAACCUGAACCGGGAGCUGAGCCAGCUGAGGAGGGAGCUGGAGGAGAGCCUGGAGGAGAGAGAGGACCGCCUCGCACAGGCACACGAGACAAUCAGCUCCUUGGAGAGGGAAAAGCAGAAUCUACUACAGCAGCUGCAAGAGAUCCGGAAUCAGAACGAGAAUGAGAGCAGCGACCAAGAGGAGAAAAGACAGCCAUGCCCCCACUCUCCCCAGUCAGACAGCGAGGACAAUGACAAGGCAGGUGUAAGCUCUCCAAACCCAGACGCCGAUGCGCACCCUUCAACGUCCACUUCCACAGAGUCCACCAGCCCAACCCCACCACCUCCCCUGGUACCUCCCAGGAUGGCCUCCCUAUCAGUCAGCUUGGUGGACUGCAGAGACAAGCUGGAACCAAAUGGAUGUGUGAACAUAGCCAAACACGGACACUUGUUUCCCUGAUGAGAAUUAGGUGCAAUAGAGAGUCAUCUUCUCCCUGGGAGGAGAACUUUAUUAUACAGUGCUCUGUCAGAGUUCAACUUUUUCAGAUCAUCGAGUAACAUUUAAAUAUUAAAGUUCUCUCAAGUAAACUAUUUUAAGUUUUCUUGAUCUGAAAUACUUAUGAGUGACAAAGAUGCAAAAAGGGGUAAGGAAUCAGUAAUGGGCUUAGUACUUUUGCACAGCACUGUAUAAAAAGAUAAAGUGAUCUAGCUAGAAUCUCACUGGUAAUAUACAUAUACACACACAUUCACGAUUUGAACUGUGAACACAGCCUGGCAUAGAUACUUGUUUCCCUGAGGUCAGUAUCCAAGGAGCAUUUUGGUGAAGAAAGCUGGGGGGGAUAGGAGCUGUUAAGUAACAUCAGUGCAGUUGCAUCAAUAAGUCAAUGAAAGGUCCUUGCCCUUACCUGCCAUUAAAACGAGUGAGUUAGCAAAGGUGUUGGGUUCCAAACCUGGAAGGGAGGAAGAUCCCUCCCUCACUCCCUAAAAAGUGUACUCCUGCAGUCUGUCAUUCCUGAUUGGAGAGGCUUAUUCAAAACCAUCGAAAGCCAGACGGGGAGCUCUAAAACAAGGCUUCCUAGAGGUAUUCUAGUCCCUUAAUGAAGGACUGUGCCUCAUAGGCAAAUAUGUAAAUAUUAAGUGUAACUUGUACUAAUAGUACUUAUGUACAAAUAAAUAAAAUACGUUUUCGGCUUAGAA